AGAAACUUGCAUUAACUCUCGAUAGUGCAUAAUUCGACAAAUUCUUGUAUAAUUAAAUAAUUACAUAGCUCCCGCAGUUCAACUCCGUACGAGACUUCUACGUCGUCUGCAUGCUUUUGACGUGACGUUGCUCCGAAAGUCCAAAAUGCGCUACAUAACCUUAAAAAUCACGAACUCCAUACUUGGACUCUGACUUUUGUGUGAAAAAUGUUGACAAUAAACGAAGGUUACAUGAAACAAUAGUCUGAUACAUCAACAAAGAGAGCUGGACCAAUAUAAUUGCAUCUUGAGAAUUUAAUGCUAUUGAGAAAUUGCGUUUCCAGUUAGAAAUUUAGAUAUGAGCAAUGUCGAAAGUUCAGAAGAACCUUGGUCAGAACAACGUUUAAAAUCCGAACUUACAAAGUGUGCAGGUCCUUGUGGUGCAUCUGCAUUUUACUGUUUACUAGGAGGGGCUUUUGUAUAUCCCUAUCUUGCGAAGCGUGGACUGGAAAAAUAUGUCGGUUUUCAAAACAGAUUACUUAUCGCUUCGUUCGCUACAGUUUUAACAUCCUUUUGUGUGGGAUAUUACUCUAAGACAAAAUGUGAAGAAAAUACGAGGCGAAUAUAUACAGAAAAAAAGGAAAAAGAACGUGACAAAUUAAAAAAAAAAGCUUAAAAAAAAUUCUCAAGCUAAAAUUGCUUAUCUUACGUAACUGUAAAUAAAUGUUAAAAUGCACUGCCUUCGUAAGCUUGUUCUCAUAAUACGAGACAGCCUUCCUCCCUCAGUUUUUUCAACUUCGCCAAGAAUUUCUAAACUAGCAAAUAUAGUUUGCAGAUUGAAUCAUGAAUUUUUACCUAGCGAUAUCGAAAUGGCGGAAGAGACAGAGCAGGAAAGAACCGAGUAUCAGGAAUUGGCGAAUUAUUAUCUAGGGACUAUCGCUGGGGCUCAUCGCGUUUUUAUAAUACAGCCUUACAUAAAAUGGGGACCCGGAAAAGUAAAGAAUACCACGCCAGAAUUGCAACUGGCUGAAGCAGAAGCUCUCGUUAAAACUCUUCCUCGUUGGGCAGUUGUCGAUAAAAAAUGUGUGCCUCUAUUGUCCCUUCAAAGGAAGAAACUGGUCGGUUCUGGUGGACUUAACGAAUUAAAAAAAAGAAUACUGACCGCUGAUUACGUUACGGCCGUAUUCAUCAGCACAAAUAUGUUGAGACUCGUGCAAAUCGCCGAAUUGCAGAAGGAGUUCGCUUUGCCCGUCUUUGAUCGUUAUUCGAUCGUCAUUCACAUAUUUCGUCAGCAUGCGAAAAGUCCGGAAGCUAAACUGCAAGUGGCUCUUGCCGAAAUUCCUUACAUCUGGAAGAAGAUGAUCGAGAGUAAUGUCGAUGGGAAAAUAAAUUUGGAAGAGAGUAGAAAAAGGUUGCUGCAAGGACGUCAGGGGAAAUUGAAAAAAGCUUUGCAAAAAGUGCAGGAGCGACGUACGGUUGUGAGACAGAAGAGAAGGUUUUGCGGGAUACCGAGUGUGGCUAUUGUCGGUUAUACGAAUUGUGGAAAGACUUCUUUAAUCAAGGCUUUGACGGGUGAUUUGUCGUUGAUGCCGAGGAAUCAGUUGUUUGCUACGUUGGACUCAACUGCUCAUGAAGGCCUACUUCCUAGCAGAAUGAAAAUUGUUUAUAUGGACACGAUAGGUUUUAUUCAAAAUGUACCUGAAGGUUUGCUCGCGCCUUUCAGAGUGACAUUUCAGGAUGCAAUAGACGCUGACGUAAUUGUACACGUGGUUGAUGUCAGUCAUCCAGAUAGAGAAGCCCAAGUGGAUCAUGUGAGGGCUACUCUGAAGUCUCUUCUUAUUGAGGAUCGGCCAGUAAUUGAAAUUGCAAACAAGUGUGAUUUAGUGGAAAAGGGCACUAUUCCUGAAGACACAAUAGCAGUUUCAGCAAAAAAUGCAACGGGUGUUGAUUUGCUGAGAAAAAAGAUAGAAGAGGAGCUUGUGCGUUCCACGGGUCAAAUGCAUAUACGAAUGCGAGUGGCAUCAGGAAGUGAAGUUGCCGCUUGGCUGUACAAAGAAUUAACAGUCACAAAUGCCGAACCCGAUUCUGAAAAUCCGCAAUAUAUGUACAUGGAUGUUUUUGCUACAGAACUUCAGAUGCAUAAGUUCAAACGGUUUUUAAAACAGUAAAGUUAUGUUGUUACAAAA